AAAUCUUGGUUGAACCGCUUGUUUCACUACUAGCCCUUGGGAGUUAAUAUUGGGAAAUAUAGGCUAUAUUUUGUGUUAAUUAAUUAAAUUGCUUAUAAGAGCAACUGCAAACAAAAGAAAAAUAGCAAAAAUAAUUAGAACAUACGCCAACAUAUGGCAAAUUGAAUUUGUUGCUACACAUCGAUGUGCAAUGAUGCGGAGCUGCGCUGGUCAAACCAAAUACAUACAAGCAUUUAUCUAGUUAGAGUGCGGGCAAGGGAGUGACAUGCUGCCGGUAUAACAUAAUAGAAUUUACAAGACUUGUGUAAACUGCAUCGAACUGGCACACAGCUGCAACGUAUUCGGGUGCUUAGAGCUUUUUCUAGGUGGGCCAGCUUCAUCAAGUUCAUUAUCAUUGUCCGCACCAUACAAUUAGCAUCCAAUCAUCACAUGCACACGCCGAAAAUAUAUACACGAAUACAUACUAACAUUGCGCAGUGAAUUAGCAGCCAUCAAGUGGUGAUCCCAUUUUUACAAGUCUUACUUGCCGCCUGGUAUCAGCGAGCAUCAUUUAACAUGCACCGCUCCUAAUUCUACAACAGACGCUCUUGCAUAACAUGUCACACACGUGUAAUGAAUUAAAAGACGAAUACCUUGCUUUAUAACGCCCACGCGUGUGUAUGAUUUGUGUACCAUGUCCCGCAAGAGGAUUACCUUCCGAAAGCCACCGUAACAGAGUUUAAGCAGCCAAAGCACUACAAUAAAGCGACCAUAAAAAAAUAGCACACUGGACUUCCAACAUUGACGACGAACGCACAAGUGAGGUUCCAGAGAAAAACAAAGAAAAAUUAAACACACACAAAAUAUAAACAAGCACAAAUUAUGGGCGCUAACACCGCCCUGCAACAGCGCCUGCGUGGCAGUCGCUGCUACAUGUCCUUGGCCUGUUCCAUUGGCUCGAUGAGCCUGGCUUGUGGCAGCCUGCUGCAGAUACCCAAUACAACAGAUCGCAUUUCACUGCAACGCGGCCUCUUCCUCACCUCAUUGGGUUUCAUUUACUUCGUGUCGCUGACAGAUUUCUGCAACAAGUACCUGUUGAAUACGAAACGUGGCCUGCAGUUUCGUAAAAAAUAUCGCCUUAUGAUGUCGGAUGUUAUGGAAAUCACCAACAAAAUCGUUUCCGCCAUACAGGCCGCAUUCUCAUUUCUGGUCGGCUUUAUUGUAUGCAAAUCGACCUGUAGCAAGUCAUUUGUCUACGCCUCGCAUUUCUUGAUGGAAGCCUAUGGCUGGUUUGGCACCGCUUACUUUAUGUACGACAUUUGGUCCAUGUACAAAGUGCAUACACAGAAAAUCGCUGACAAAUUGAGACUGAUGAGUCUGAAUACCGCCGCUGGCGCAGGUGUGCGCUGCUCAUCGAAUGGCGUCAAUAUUGUGAAUGGCGCUGCUGCUGGUAAUGGCAGUUGUGAUGGUUACAGUGAUGGAGAUGAUUCACCGGUACGCGCGACAGCACAGCAACGCGAAAACGAUGAUAUCUACGAUUAUGAUGGCGAUUGUGUACAGAUACCGAAGGAUGGCAAGUGGGAUUUCAUCAAAUAUGUGAUUACGCAUCCAGUUAUGAUGAUCCAUCAUAUCUUCAUUGGUACUUUUGGCUUACUGGUUGUGACGUACAUACGCGGCGGUGGCCACUGCAUCUACAGCUAUAUGUUCAUGAUGGAAUUCUCCACGCCCUUCGUUUCGAUGCGCAGCAUACUGAGCACUAUGCGUUUGAAAGACUCACGCGCUUACAUCAUCAAUGGUCUGCUAAUGUUGGGCACGUUUUUAGUGUUUCGUGUUUUUAUGUGGCCAUACGUUAUGUAUCGCUAUAGUGUAGCCAUCAAUGUGAGCCUCUGGCAGGCGGUGACCACUUUGCCACGCGGUUGCAUUAUAAGCAUUUUGAUACUCUUCCUACCACAGCUUUAUUGGUUCUUUUUGAUGGUCAAAGGUGCACUAAAGGUACUUUUACCGGCAAAACAAAAAAAUGCUGCAACCAAAAAAUUGCGGCAGUCAAAAAACAACAACUUAUCACCGGUGACACCAAACGCUGAACAAAAUUUUAAUCAAAUUUGCGAAGCUGCGGUCAACGGCGCAGCCGAAAAGAACUCAAUACAGAACCAAUUGCUAUCAUUUGAUAGAAAUGUUAAAAAUUAGAUAUAUGUACAUACAAACACAGUUGAAUUUUAUUGGCAGCAAAGAACCGUUAACCUCAAGGAAGAUGAAGUUUAUUUUUAACAUAGUCUAUGUGUACCAAUAACAUCUGCUUUGCUGUUAUUCAAUUAAGUUUGUAAAAAAUUUAUUUUGUGAUUAAUUAAUUUAUACUUAUUCUUGCAUUCAUACAACCAUUUAUUCCAGAGCACAAUUUAUUAUAUACCUACAUAGAUAGUUAACAUCUUUGGUAAAAAAAAAUCUGAGUUACACGUCUAUUCUGCGCUGUUAAUAAAGAUUUUGUAACCGGUGAAUAAAGUUACUGUCAAUUUUUAAAGCCUUUUCGCAUACUGUGUCCUCCUAUAACCGGUAAGUUUUGUUACCAUCUCAUAAGCUGGGAAAAUAUGCAAUGUCAGAAUUUCCACAAAUCUUCAUAGCUGAAUUGCUGAAUAUUUAAACUACAUUACCAACCUAGAAUCGCGGUGACAAGAACUGGUAACAUAUUUUGGUAAUAAAAUUUCCCGGUUACAAAAUCUUCGGUAACUGGCAGCAUAGAAUUGAAUUGAUGAUUUAUUUCCAAUUAACUUAUGCAUUUGAAAUGUCUUCUAACUUUGUUCUACAUAUGUAAAAGCCACAAAAUAACACUCGAAGAGAAGUUAACAUUUUAAUUUUUGUAAACAUUGUUAAUUAACUAUUAAAUAUUUAAUAUAUUGAAUUUGCUGAUGGUCAUUUUUGACGUACUUCUACUUAUUUCUGUAUGUGUAUAGGUGUUUAUUUAUGCAAUUGUGUGUAUGCAAGCGCCAAUUAUUUUAGCAUAAUUACAUAUAUACCAACCAUUUUAUAAAUUAAAUGUUAAUUUAAUACGAUAAAUGUUAUAAAGGUAAUAGAUAUUACACACUUAGCAGCAUACAUACAUAUUUAUUAUAUGUAUACAAAAGAACAAAUACUAGUUAUUAAUAUGUAAUACUUUAAGUCAUCUAAUUUGUAACAUUUUAGUGAAGGCAGUACAACUAAUUUUUCCAAAUAUAUAUAUAUUUUUUUUUGCUUGAGUUCCUUUACUUUUAAACUAUAAAUUAUGUUUGUAUAUCUGAGUAUUGAAAAAUAGUACUUGAAUUCGCGUAUUUAUAACUUGCCCAAAUUGUAAAAUUACAUAAAUUUGCAUGUAUAAUAGAUGUGUAUUUAAAAUGAUAAUAAUGCCGUUAGCAGCAUUUAAUCAGCUUGCGCAAAAUGCAAUGUAGACAAACUAAAAAGUAAACCUAAAGGGAAAAAACCCAAUAUGAGCUAACACAUUCGAUAUCUCGCAUUUUUUUGCUGUAGAUACUUUAUAUUGAUGCAUUUUAGUCGUAUACAAGUUUUCAUGUGUUGUGAGAAAUACAUAUGUAUGUAUGUACAAAUAAAUUAAAUAAAAAAUCUACAGCAGCAGCCAACAAGCAGGCACACUACUAACUACUCGUGCUUAUCGUUUGUGUGCAGAUAUACAAAAAAAAAAAGAAAGAAACAACUAAUAAAGAAUCUGCAUAAUUGUUUAAUAACCUGUUUCGACUGAUUUAUAACGGAGGUUGGUUUUAUGCGGAUAAUAAUAAAA